AUGUCUAUAAACUCAACCAAAACUUUUCCAGCAUUUAACGGGCGGUCGUCGACAGCGAUCUCAUCUGAGAUUAACCAACGAAUAUCUCAAUCCCUGUGCGGAAAGGGCUGGAAAGUGUUGCUCACCUCACCUCAGGUGCAGCUAUGGUCAAAGUCGGCCGACACCGGCGACCACUGGUCUAUUGGUCACCAACGGGUGAUCACUGUACUAACCGAUCGUAUCAGUGAUGGCCAGUGUCUGGUACGGGUGUACGACCAGCACCUAAACACCAUUCACUUCGAGCUGGACCUAAGACAGGCCAACUACUCUUACGAGCCAAACCAGUCGGACUUUCACGUGUUUAAAAUGGCCGCCGGAUGGACAGGGAUCAGGUUUGGUGAUCGGUCGGACUCUAACGAGUUUAAGAGUUUGGUUUACGAGCAACAACUGCAACGACUGAAGCGAUUGGUAGUCAGAGGAGUGCCGGCGGAAAAACCAAUAAACACGCCGUCGGUGGGCAAACCGAUGAUGAUAAUGGGUCCGGAGGUUAGGGCACUGCCGAGUUAUAGCGAUGUGACCAGUGUUAAGACACCAAUAGAUGUGCCCAUAGAUAGCAGAUCGACACCACAACCGCCAGUACUGGCGCUCAAGAGUGACCGGUCGGCGGAGGUGUUGGAACAGAUACGGCACGGGAUGGUCAGUAAGGGAACGGCGACUGUAACCACCGGCCUGUCUUAUGACGAUAAGACAAUGUCUUACAGGACAUGUCUUGACGGCGCCGAUGACAACGAGAGUCUCUUCUCGGAUGUGACCAUCAAUGGUAAUGGUCUGGAUAUGAAUGUGAACGCACUGGUAGUGAGCGCUGGCAAAGACCAUCCAUUGCCACCUCUGCCGCCCCCACCGCCAGCCCUACUCUCGCCGACAGCUAGUAGUAGUGGUAAAACUUCUGGGGAUCAGAUGUCGGACAACAAAUCCAUAUCAUAUCAUUUGAGCACUCUAUCGAAACUGUCGGUGCCGUCAGAUCUAUCCGUUUGGGAGCGCCGGACAAACGCCGACUCGAAGACAAAGAGCGGCAAAAAGAUCGCAUACAUCGAGAAGACUGUCAUCAAACAGUUGGAAGCGCUGGUGGGCGACAAGUGCCACAUCCUGUCGGUGUCAUUCUUGGAGCUGUUCCUAUGGGCGCCAUAUCUGUCCACCGAAUGGCACGUCUGCCGCAAACCUGUGCUCUGUCUGGUGUCCGGAAUCGAUGACGAGUACUCGUCGGGCGACGACACGGACGACAACGAAGAUGUGUUGGACAGCAAUAAUAGCCCACACUAUUCGCUACGGAUGUAUGAGCUGAACGGCACCGGCAGUGGUGGCCGUAUUCUAUGGGAGAGUUCAGUGGACACGAGUGUGAGCCACAGAACACCGGACAUCAGGUUUCAGGCGCUGGUGACCGACGACUGUAUGGCUGGACUGGUGUUCGAGUCGGUGGGCCGGGGCGUGGAGUUCAGCUUUGCCAUCGGUCAGGCUCUGGCCAAAGCCACUGUCAGAUCGGUAGGUCUCGGGCGGCAGGACUCGCGUCGGUCACCCGAUAAGGAUCAGCGCAAACAACAGCCGUCAGGCGUUGGUAAGCGUAUUAAGGGUUGGUUUAGUGGACGGCCUAAGAGUGGACAGUCCGGUGGCGGAGGAGCCACUGGUUUGGCCACCGAUGCGAAGACCUAUGAUGUGAAAGAGACCAAACGUAUGGUCAGCCGUGCGCUCAAAUGCCGACCCCUCAGACGCCUGGUGUAUGACCUGAUCGAUGAGCACCGGGACAUUCAAACCAACCUUUACGAUACGAUUAAUCGCCGCAAAUAA